AUGACGCUCAAGGAUGAAUUCGCGACGCGCAACUUCAGUAUCUAUGGACAAUGGCUCGGCAUCCUCUCCAUGAUCCUCUGCUUUGCCCUUGGCAUUGCCAACAUCUUCACCUUUAGAGUCAUCAUCAUCGUCUUCUCUGUCAUCACUCUGUGCUUCUCCUUUGUAAUCCUCUUCGUCGAAGUCCCUCUCCUCCUGCGCAUCUGCCCGACCUCGUCCGGCUUCGAUAACGCCAUCCGCAAGAUCUCAACAAACUACAUGCGCGCCGCCGCCUACGGCGUCAUGGCCGCCGUCGUCUUUCUGUCCAACAUCGAUCGCGCCACUUCGCUCAUUGUUCCCGGCAUCUUCUUGUCGCUCACCGGUCUCUGCUACGCUCUGGCGGCGUUCAAGGGCCAGGCGUUUGUGGGAAGUAAGACGCUGGGUGGAGCGGGGGUGGCGCAGAUGAUUGUAUAA